UCGGUCUCUACAUAAGCACUGAGGCAUGCACGACCUCCAGCCGUGCCGCUGCGUGGUGCUAGCAGGAACCCAGCAGUCACCCGAGCUGAAGAUAGCCUUAGAUCGGGAGCAGCAGAAGAGCAGGAAACUGGAGGUUAGCAUGAAGAAUCUCGAUAGAGAGAUGAAGAGAUCUGAUGAGUUGCUGUAUCAGAUGAUACCUAAGCCGGUCGCAGACAGGCUGCGCUCGGGAGAAGCUGCUAUCAACACGUGUGAGGUGUUCGCGAACGUGACAGUCAUGUUCAGUGACGUGGUCGGGUUCGCGGAGAUAUGUCAGAACAUCACACCGAUGGGCGUAGUCGAUCUGCUCAACCACAUGUACACGCGCUUCGACGAGUUGAUAGAGCUUCACCGCGUCUACAAGCAUGUCAUCACGUGA